AAAUAACAUACAAAUAGUGAUUCUGAGCAUUACAUUUCAAAAGUUGGAUGUGUUUAACCAAUGUCAAGUUCUCUGCGUAGGGUUUUUAGUUGACAGAGCUCACUGUAACUUGAAACAACUAAGAUAAGAGAUAAGAUCUUCUCAACUUUGAAAACACAUACAGUACUUCACCUUUAGAGAAAAUGCUGUAAAUGAAUAAAACAUAAGAAAAAGAAGAAAUACAUUCGUCAGUGUGACACAUGCAGUAUGUGGCACAAAUAAACAAACUGCAAAAUACAUAAAUGCUGCAGUUCUUUUAGUAGAUAUAAUGUAAGACACCGAACAUACACACAGAUAGCUUUAUGAGCAUCCUUGACAUAACGGCUAUAGAUUACGAGUCAAUAUACACCUCUCUAUAAAUGUCGACUUCAGUCUCUCUGUGGUUAAUUAUUGCAUUAGGAAGGAACACUGAUAAGAUUUCUAUAUUCACUGCUUCACAGGUACACUGCAGGAAAAAUAUCAUGAUACAAAUUCAAAAAGGAAAAUCAUAUCUUUUAGUCUGUGGCAUUUUGGAAAUGACGCCAAACAUUAUCAUUUAUAAUUUCAUAGAUUCAUGAUAGAUUUAUAACAUUAGCAUAUAAUAAAUCUCAGUAUCUGGACAACAUGUGUCUUUACAGGCUGAAAUGAUAUGCAAGCAGAUCUUUAUGUAAUAAAACAAUCUGAUAACUCAAGGGCUGGAGAAGGUGUGGCCUGAUAGUUAUGAUAAGAUUUGAUGGAAAAUGUGUUGCCACUGUCUGUAGAGAAUUUCAUUCUUUCUAUCAAACAAAGUGACACAAAAUUGUAGUUUUUGCCACAAUAAUCAAUAAAGUCAUACUGUUUGAAAAAGAGUUAUAUAGUAAAACAAUCAACACAACACUCCUCACAACUUUUUGAACUUGAACAAAGGCUUCUCAUUUAGUUUCUUGUGUCUCUUAUUCAACUAUGACUUUGCACCAUUUCUCUUACAAACUCAUGAAUAUCAGACUCAUCUAUCACAGAAAAGUGUUGGCAAUGGCACCUCAUGUGAAGUAUUAACCAUUAUGGAAAACGCUGCACUUUCUUCUGCCUAAAAUUGCUGACAUUACAUAAUACAAUACAGACUCUAAUGAGCAACUGAUAACUGCAGUUUAGGUGCCAUAGGUCACAGUAAAUACCUCAGUGCCCAUUCAGAUGAAACACAGUAGGGGUAAAGGACUCCGAGGAGGACAGUCCACAGAGAAUCAGUAACAGUUUCCACAGAGGAGGCUGAUCCAGGACAGGCACACCCUCUUGAAGGUUGCACUGGAAAGUGACAAAUCCAACAACUGAAUACCAAAGAGAGCCUCAACAGCUACAUUUUGCAAUUUGGUGUCCAGUGAAGUUUAUAAAAAGGCACCAUGAAGCUGAAGAUUCCAAAUCCAGGACUGGAUGAUCGGAUCCCCUCUCAUGGGGACCUGGAGAGGAUGGAGACUGAGGAGGCAGGAGACAGGCCCAAAUGGGACAACAAAGCCCAGUAUCUGCUCACCUGUGUGGGAUUCUGCGUGGGACUUGGCAACGUUUGGAGGUUCCCGUACCUGUGUCAAAGCCAUGGAGGAGGGGCAUUUAUGAUCCCAUUCCUCAUCCUUCUGGUUCUGGAAGGAAUCCCACUGCUGCACCUGGAGUUUGCCAUCGGUCAGCGUCUGAGGAAAGGCAGCGUGGGAGUGUGGAGAUCUAUCCAUCCUUGCCUGACUGGAGUUGGUAUUGCGUCCUUGCUUGUCUCAUUUUUGGUGGGCAUGUACUACAACACCAUCAUGGCUUGGAUCAUGUGGUACCUCUUCAACUCCUUUCAGGAUCCCCUGCCAUGGAGCCAGUGUCCUCUCAAUGCUAACAGGACAGGUCUGGUGGAAGAGUGCGCACGGAGCACUACUGUUGACUACUUCUGGUACAGAGAGACUUUAAACAUUUCAACAGCUAUCGAUGAAUCUGGAGGUCUGCAGUGGUGGAUGGUGCUCGCUCUGGUGGCAGCCUGGGCCCUGCUCUACGUCUGCUGCAUCAGGGGGAUUGAGACCACCGGCAAGGCUGUGUACAUCACCUCCACUCUACCAUACUUGGUCCUCACCAUCUUUCUCAUCAGAGGACUGACUCUAAAAGGCUCUCUAGAGGGAAUCAAGUUCCUCUUCACACCAGAUGUGAAUGAGUUAAUGAACCCAUCAACCUGGUUGGAUGCGGGUGCUCAGGUUUUCUACUCCUUCUCCUUGGCUUUUGGAGGUCUCAUCUCCUUCUCCAGUUACAACUCUAUUCACAACAACUGUGAGCAGGAUGCCGUUCUCAUCUCCAUCAUCAAUGGCUGCACCUCAGUGUACUCUGCAACGGUUAUCUACUCCAUUAUCGGCUUCAGGGCAACACAAAAAUUUGACGACUGCACGGGAGACAACAUCUUGAAGCUGAUGAAUGCCUUCAACUACCCUGAAAACAGCAUCACAGAUGGCAACUACGAUGAGGUUCUGACACACCUCAAUCAGACAAAUCCUGAUAUCAUUCAAGGGUUGCAACUAGAGCACUGUGACAUGCAGUCUUUCCUCAGUCAGGGGGUGGAAGGAACAGGUCUGGCCUUUAUCGUGUUCACAGAGGCCAUUAUCAAGAUGCCUGUUUCUCCUCUCUGGGCUGUCCUCUUCUUCAUCAUGCUCUUCUGCCUUGGCCUCUCAACUAUGUUUGGGAACAUUGAGGGAGUAGUUGUUCCUUUGCAGGACCUUAGACUGUUGCCCAAAACAUGGCCCAAAGAAGUUUUUUGUGGUCUGACAUGCUUGAUCUCAUUCGCCCUUGGGCUCAUAUUUGCCAUGCGCUCUGGAAACUACUGGUUAGCUCUUUUUGACAACUUUGCUGGCUCUAUCCCUCUUCUGAUCAUCGGAUUCUGUGAAAUGAUUGCUGUUAUCUACAUCUAUGGCGUAGAUAGGUUUAACAAGGACAUUGAGUUUAUGAUUGGCCACAAGCCCAAUAUUUUCUGGCAGGUGACAUGGAGGGUGGUUAGUCCACUCAUCAUGGUCGUCAUCUUGAUUUUCUACUUUGUAACCCAAGUCACAAAGACUCUCACCUAUUUGGUUUGGGACCAGGAGGCGGAGAGCUUCCCCACCCUCGAAGCGCGUCCUUAUCCUUCUUGGGUCUAUGUCAUCGUUUUUAUCCUUGCUGGAAUUCCCAGUUUAUCCAUCCCAGCGGUUGCCCUCUUCAAAUUCAUCCAGAAGAAAUGUUGCAAGCAGAAGGAAUACACUGGUGACACAGUGAAAUCUAUCUCCUCCAAAAUACAAAUGAGUGACAAAGAGUUUUAGAUAGAUUUUACCUUGAUUAUUUAAUAACAAGAUGAAGGAAUGUGGACAUUUUAUUUGUUGUUUGUAUAUUAUGCUUAUUACUUUUUUCUUCCUCCCAUAUCCUGGACACCAGGAGAAGAGCACACUAUGACUUUUAACUGAGAAAUGUAGAAGUAAAUUUGGAAGUGUUUUCUGUAAAAUAAUGUAGGUUUGGAGAAGAAAGUAAUUGAUGUUGCUUUUCAUACAAUUGUAAUAUUAGUUUCCCACUGUGCUAAUAUUUCACAUGUUAUUGUAUGUUAUACAUUAAAGGAGUAGUUUGACAUUUUGGGGAAUACGUUUCACUUUCUUGCAAAAGUUGGACGAGAAGAUCGAUGUUAAUCUAAUGUGUGGAUGGUAAAUAUGAAGGAACAGCCAGCAGCUGGUUAGCUUAGCUUGGCAGAAACUGCUAGCCUGGAUCUGUGCAAAGGUAACAAAGUCUGCCUACCAGCAACUCUAAUGCUCACUUGAUUUACACAUUACAUCUCGUUUGUUUAAUACUUUGCACAAAGCUAAGCUAACCAGCUGCUGCAUGUUGCUCCAUAUUAGUUCUACAUACAUAAAAACAGUAUUGGCAAGCAAGAAAGAGAAAAAGUGUAUUUUCCUAAAUAUGCCAAGCAAAAAAAAUAUUGCAAUAAUUUAUUUUAAAACAGUAUUUUGUAAAUAAUCUUUAAUAGAGGAGCAAAUUUUUUGUUAAAACUUUAAACAUACUGUUGUGUAAAUCUUGUUUUGUUUUGUUUUUUUAAACCAAAAAUGACUAUAUUCAUGGCAUCAGUGCUUUUUAACCCACUUUUGUGUUGUUUAUAAGGUUUUUGGCAUAUAGUCAAGGGACUAUUGUAAAGUUUUAAUAUUUUGUGUGUAUUACAGCACUGCACUUACACUGCCAUAAACUGCCUGUCAGUUUAUUAUCUGUAAAUGUUCCUCUCUCACCAGUUCAAACUAAAGAGCAAAAUGAAGAGGUUACAUGCUAUGAAAAUAAAUCAUGUGGAAAAUCA